AUUGGUCCCGGACCUGCUUUAAAUUUGUAUUUGCCCUGUGUGUGGUCAUUAUCUUACAAUACUUGCGUGUUGAGGUGUGUUUAAACACUACGUGCUUAACACCGGCUAAGUAUUGGCAUUGGGGCGGUUGGAUUUAGGUAUUGGUGGCAAUGUAGAAAAGUGAUCAAGUCAGAGCCCUUUCACGGACUAACCACAAGAGAAACAACAAAGCUUUACUUGUGCGCUGUGAACCACAACUGCAAGUGGAAUUGUCAAGAGAACUAUCCCUGCCAAGCUCUGGAAAACUUCUGAGGAGAUGGCACAUGGAAAAUGGAUAAGAUUUACUGAGACAAACGGGAGUAGAGAAGUGUUUUUAAUUGGCGAUAAGACAGACCAUGGAUUCUUACAAUGCACCAGAAUCAACUCCUAGUGCAUCCUCAAGACCUGAAGAUUACUUUAUAGGUGCCACUCCUCUGCAGAAACGAUUAGAAUCGGUCAGGAAGCAGAGUUCAUUUAUCCCGACUCCACCUCGAAGGAAAAUUCCCCAGUGUUCGCAGUUGCAGGAAGAUGUUGACCCUCAAAAGGUUGCAUUCCUUCUGCAUAAACAGUGGACUUUAUAUAGUUUAACUCCCUUAUAUAAAUUCUCCUAUAGUAAUCUCAAAGAGUAUUCUAGACAUCUCAAUGCUUUUAUUGUUGCUGAAAAGCAAAAAGGACUUGCUGUGGAAGUGGGAGAAGACUUCAACAUCAAAGUGAUUUUUUCUACUCUCCUAGGAAUGAAAGGAACACAAAGGGACCCGGAAGCAUUUCUUGUCCAGGGUCUCAUUUUGUCACCCAGGCUGGAGUACAGUGGCACGAUCUUGGUUGACUGCAACCUCUGCCUCCUGGGCUCAAGUGAUCCUUCCACCUUAGCCUUCCAAGUAGCUGGGACUACAGGUGCAUGCCACCACACUCGGAUUCUGUCAAAAUCUCAAUUGCCAUCUGAGAAUAGAGAAGAUAAAGUGUUGUGGACUGGCUGGUUCUGCUGUAUAUUUGGAGACAGUCUUCUGGAGACUGUUUCAGAAGAUUUCACCUGUCUGCCCUUAUUCCUUGCAAAUGGAGCAGAGUCUAACACAGCAAUAAUUGGAACUUGGUUUCAGAAAACCUUUGACUGUUAUUUCAGUCCUUUAGCAAUCAAUGCAUUUAAUCUUUCCUGGAUGGCUGCCAUGUGGACUGCAUGCAAAAUGGACCAUUAUGUGGCUACUACUGAAUUUCUUUGGUCUGUACCCUGUAGCCCUCAAAGUCUGGACAUUUCUUUCGCAAUACAUCCAGAGGAUGCAAAAGCUCUAUGGGACAGUGUCCACAAAACACCUGGGGAGGUUACCCAGGAAGAAGUUGACCUAUUCAUGGACUGCCUUUAUUCACAUUUCCAUAGACAUUUCAAAAUUCAUUUAUCAGCCACAAGAUUAGUUCGUGUUUCAACAUCUGUAGCUUCAGCACAUACUGAUGGAAAAAUAAAGAUUCUGUGUCAUAAAUACCUUAUUGGAGUGUUAGCAUAUUUGACAGAACUGGCAAUUUUUCAAAUUGAGUGAAGCCUUAAUUGGACUAUAAGUUAUAGAUUAUAUACUCUUAUUGAUUACUUGCCUAAUUGCUAUGCUGAAAGAGACUGCAGGAGAAAUAGGCAUCUAUCUCUGCAUCUGUUUUCCCCACUGUGCCUUUGGAGUUGCCAAGAUGGAAGCCAAGAAGGAUCUAGAAGAACAAAGAAUAUGGUAGUAGAUGAGCCACAGCCAGGUGCCCGUGUACUAAUCAUGAUAACCUGACAUGCCAUUCUCAAAAUGCUGAGUUGUUAAUUUCUUGUCAUCUUUAAAUAUAUAUAUAUAGGCUGGGCUUGGUAGCUCACACCUGUAAUUCCAGCGCUUUGGGAGGCUGAGGUGGGUGGAUCAUUUGAGGCCAGGAAUUCAAGACCAGCCUGGCCAACAUGGUGAAACCCCUUCUCUACUGAAAAUACAAGAAUUAGCUGGGCGUGGUGGCACAUGCCUAUAAUCCCAGCUACUGGGGAGGCUGAGGCAGGAGAAUUGUUUGAACCCAGAAGACAGGCUGCAGUGAGCCAAGAUUGCACCACUGCAUUUCAGCCUGGGUAACAAAGUGAGACUCUGCCUCAAAAAAUAAAAAAGGAAUAAAUAAAUAUAGCAUUUAUUAUGUUUAAACUCUUAGGAUUCAAAUGAGAUGUAUCUAAUGGAUAUUUCUGAUUUGGGUCUUUAAAACCUUUAAUCUCUUUUAAGCAUUUUAGACUUGCAUUCAGAAAGAAUUCUGUCUUCUAAAGACAUUUUCCUAGCAUUUCACUGCAGAGAACUGGCAAUCAAAAUCCCCUCAAAAGGGAACUAAAGUUUAAUAUACACAUUUUUUUAGUCACUAAUAUGCUUCUGUUUUAAAUACAGUUCAACUCCUGUUGCAAUGUUGAAUUAAAUGUUUAUUUUAAAAUGAA